GCAGUCUGUUGAUUAAGUGCAAGUUAAAAUAAAGCCGGUAUAAAUUGUAAACACAAUUUCGCGCAGUUGUGACAGGCAACAUGAUACUGACCUGGGCGUGUUACGGCUUGCUGCUCACCGUAUGUUGGUGUAACAUUGUUGAAGCGAGAGGAAUUUGCGGCAGAAGAUCUAUAAGGAAGCAUUGGUCCGACUGUCAAAAGUUUAUCGAAUGUGGAGAAAAUACUACCGUUGUAUUCCAAUGUCCAGAAAAUAGUUUUUUCAAUCCAAAAACGCUAGUUUGCGAUUUUGCGAUGUACCAUGAGUGUGAAACAGACCAGAAUGUAGAUGAAACAUUGCUGAAUACUCAGAGCCUGAUGCAAGCAUCAGCUGGUCACCUCACCACAAGUACAGUAUGCAACCAGCUGCACUUAGGUGCCAAAUUCCCACACCCCGAGUAUUGUAAUAUGUUUUACCAUUGUUCAUCCUUUGGACCAAUACUGUUUGAAUGCCCCACAUUGUUGUUGUUUUCUUCGCGAAUUAAUGUCUGUAACUGGCCACAAUUUGUCGAUUGCGAUAAUAAUGGUGGAGGUGGAGGUGGAGGUGGAGAUGAGGGCGAAGAUCCUGAUGAUGAUGAUGAUGACGAUCUUCCAGGACAAGGAGCUUGUCCAGCUAAUUGCAUUGAAGAUAAUCGUUGUCCUGUGAAUUGUGAGAUAGAUCUCCAAACGACAUUGCUUCCGCAUCCCAGCAGAUGUGAUAUGUUUCUGCAAUGUAAGAAUGGAUGUGCGUGUACCAAAUACUGCGACGAUGGAUUAUUCUGGAGUACAACCGUUCACCGAUGUGUGGAGCGAUAUCGCUCGAAUUGUGAGGAGAUUGAUCGUGUCGAGUGCCCAGCGAAUGAUUGUACACCGAAUGAACUCUGCCCGGUGUAUGAUGAUCCCGACAAUCCUAUCCGACUGCCUCAUCCUGAGCGAUGCGAUGCAUACAAACAAUGCCAUCAGGGAGCAGCAUGUACCGUGGACUGUCCAGAUGGUUUAGAGUAUAACCCAGAGGAAGGAGUAUGUGAUAUCCCAUGGGGUUGUGUCAUAACUACCACUCUUCCGGGGGAGACAACAACGGAUCCAGACGAUCAAACCGAAACUACUGAUGAGCCAGCGACAACUACUACUGAAGAUUCAACCACAACAAUUGAAACAACUACUAUCGAUGAUACCACAUCUACUACUCAAGCUACAACUCCAACUACAAUUACUACUACUACUACCGAAGUCACCACACCGACUACACAAACUACAACCACAACUACGCAGCCUACAACCACUACUACUCAAGACACUACAACUAUCACAACAACCACCGAAGACACUACAACACCAACUACGCAACCUACAACCACUACCACCCAGGACACUACAACUAUUACCACUACUAUUACUACUACUACCGAAGAUACCACACCGAUUACACAAACUACAACUACAACUCUUCAACCUCCAACUACCACCGAGGCCACUACAACGACCGCACAAACGACACCAACUGACACAACAACCUAUCGAAGUACCACACAGACGUGGCCUGAGACAACCACGCCAGGAUGUCCGAUCUGUCCGCCAGGAGUAUGCAAACCCGACAAUCGCUGCCCGAUUGACCCAUGCGCCGAAUGUGAACCACUUCUACUGCCCCACCCUGAGGAAUGCGGCAUGUUUUUAAAAUGUACUCACGGGUUUGCAUGCGAAAUGCGCUGUCCCGCGGGUCUCCAGUGGAGCUCAUCGGCUAAUCGCUGCGAGUGGCCUGAAAAAAGUGACUGUGGAUCUAACGGCAAACAACCGGAUGACCCAAACUGUCGUAUUGAUCCUAGAUGUACGACAGCCCAUAACACGUUACUGCCGUCUCUGAACUCCGACUGUAGCAAAUUUGUUCAAUGCACCGGUCAAUUGGGAUGCACCAAAGAUUGUCCCGAGGGUCUGCACUGGAGCGCGCGACUGAAUCGGUGCGAAUGGCCAAACAGAGCGGGAUGUGACUCAAGCAUAUCUCCUGAGGACCACUGUCAAAUUUGUCCUUGUCUACCAUGUCUCGUGUGGCGAGACCGCUAUCCCUGUGUACCUAACAGUGUUUGUGCGCAAAAUGCCAACACAACUUUGACUCUGCCAUCGCAGCAAGAAUGUGGACGUUUCUACAAGUGCCUCAAUGGUUUGGCCUGUCUUCUCAGCUGCCCGCACGACACACACUACAGCAUCCAAUCGCAGCGCUGUGAGGAUCCGAAAGUCGUGAAUUGUUGGAUACCGAGAGCCCUAUACGGCCACGAGACGUGGGUUAUUCUCGCGGAGGACCAGCACGCCCUUAGUGUGUUCGAACGGAAGGUGUUGCACACCAUCUACGGUGAAGUGCAGAUGGAUGACGGAAUGUGGAGAAGACGAACAAACCAAGAGUUGUACCGGCUGCUAGGGGAACCACCCAUCGUUGAUACUGCGAAAGUCGGCCGGCUGCGUUGGGCUGGGCACGUCCGAAGAAUAUCGGACGACUGCCCAGUGAAAAUGAUCCUCGACAACGACGAACGGAACGAGGAGAAGAGGAGUGCUGCGGGCAAGAUGAUGAACUCUGACAGCGCACAGCGUAGCGGAUUGCUUGAUGGUCGCUGUGAGUGUAAUCAUCACAUACUCUCCAAUUUACUGCCAACAUCGGACUGCAGAAGUGCCCGUCAUAAACGGUACGUUUCGGCCACAGAAGGUUCCAUGAUGGUGAUUUUACUACUAUCAAUUCUAAUCGCAUCCGUAGCAGCCGUAAGGGAUCCACGCUGUAAAGUAUACGAUGAGGGCGAUAAGUCGAUAACGUUGCCGCACAGAGACGAUUGCACUAAGUUUCACACCUGCGAUGUUCAGGGAAAUGCGCUAGAGAUGAAGUGUCCACCAAGUACCUACUUUAGUGCCGAUCUUGGAGUGUGUACAUUCGACCGAUCAGGUUGCGCCGCUACCAACAGUGACGAUAGCAAGCAUCACAACUUAUCGAGCGAAAACUGUCCAAAUCUCCCACAUGGAACUACUUUCCCCAAAGCCGAUGACUGCUCUUCUUAUAUAGUUUGCUUGAAGGGUGAAGCUCAUAUUAUUCAAUGCCCUAAAGGCCUAUUUUUUGAUCGAAAUAGCAACAAGUGCAAACUAAAGAGAGAUGUCGAGUGUACAAUUUCACUGGAGAUUGCUCCACCAGCCCCAAUUCUUCCGUUGCCUAACGUUCCACUGGUUCCCGCCAGUCCCGAACUGUUAAACCCUGGAUUGCCUGCAGCUCCUGUGCCACCCUUAACGGAAUCACUAGUAGACGCAUCGGAGAACACUGUUAGGAAUCCUGAUACUGUCAUAAUUCCUCAGGAUCCUCGUUGCCAGCAGCAACAGUAUGAUCCCGAGAGUCCAAUAAUGCUUAACCAUGCAAAUGACUGCACAAAGUAUAUUGUCUGCGUUGGGGACUUCGCUGUAGAAAAGCAGUGCCCCGAGGGUCAACAUUGGAGUGCCGAUAACAAUUGGUGUGAUUACGCUUCCCGUGCCAAAUUCAGUUGCGAGCCAGCUUCAUCGUGUAAACUAAAAAAUUCACAGCAAAUAAUCAAUUCUUCAGUAGAUAUGAAAUAUUUUGUUUUCGUUUUGGCCCUUUUUGGGGCAGCAACAGGUGCUCAACUGCCUUGUUCGGGAUCCUGUGUAUGGCCCACAUGUCCUGUAGAUAGUCGUUGCCCAGCGGUGAAUGGAAAAAACGCAACACUUCUUCCGCACCUGACCAAUUGCUCACAGUUUAUCAAAUGCGAAACUGGACAUGGCUGUGCACAUGAUUGCCCUAAAGGACUCCAUUGGAAUAUGGAGGAAAAAGCUUGUGAUUGGCCCUGGAAAGCUUGCUGUGAUCCAUCAUUGUGCUCUGGGACAUCGGACGAACCUAGGAACUGUUAUCCCCACUCGAGCUGCCCUGCUACAAAUCCAGCCAAACCAAUUCUUUUAAAACAUGCUGACUGCUCUAGAUUCUACAAAUGCGACAGCGGAGACGCUUGCGAAUAUGAUUGUCCACCCGGCUUGCAUUUCAAUACCGAUGAGAUGGCCUGCGAUUGGCCAUGGCUCGCGUGCUGUGAUCCCAGUGUUGAAUGUAAAAGAUGCGGCGAUUGCGAACCCCCAACUCCAGCGCCACCAACUCCAGCGCCACCAACUCCAGCACCACCAACUCCAGCGCCACCAACUCCAGCGCCACCAACUCCAGCGCCACCAACUCCAGCACCGCCAACUCCGGCACCUCCAACACCUGCCCCACCAUGCAAUACUUGUGAACCAAACUGUAUUCUGGAGCCCCGGUGUCCAAUUGCCAAUCCAGCGAAGCCACUCCUGUUACAGCACUACAACUGCUCCAAGUUCUACAAAUGUGAAACCGGCCGUGCCUGCGAAAUGGAGUGCCCAUCUGGACUGCACUUCAACGACAAGGAAAAGGUUUGCGACUGGCCAUGGCUUGCAUGCUGCGAUCCUUCUGUUGAGUGCAAAUGUAUCCCCGGAGUCACUUGUGCCCCAUCUUACAAACUUGCAAAGAAUCUCAACAGUUCUUUGAGCAGAUUUAUAAUACGGGACAGUGCCCAACGUCAUCAUGUAGCUUAUUCCAACACGGCCGAGUUGAACCUUCUCAACGAUCCUCGUGAAUCUUUCCAAUACGAUCAUGUCCUUCUGAACAGUUCGAAAUUAUUUGUGACACACGACUGUUUCCAGGCACCGCUGAUUGCAACAUCCCAGGAGAUGGCUGGAGUUGUUGAAUGCAAACAAUCGAAAACAUCAGAAUACAUUGCGAAUCUGUUGCGGGUUUGCUGCGACGAUUGGGGUAUUAAAAACGAAACAAUUUCUUGUGUAACGACCGAACUCGGUGCAAACAUACAAGCAAAGCAGUCCUUGUACAAAGAAGCAUACGCAGCUCGGAUGGAGCCGGUCAUAGAAGAGGAUAACGACGAUGAACUGGAUGGUGUUGAGGAUCAUUGUACGAUAGAGGUUUCCAUUACACCAGAGAAAAAUAGGAUAUAUAUAAUCAAGAAGAUGAAAACAAUAAUCAAGUUCUUCAAAGCAAGUGAAACAGCCACCAGAGAACUGAGAAAACUGCAGUUGGCCGAUAAUAAAAAGGAAGGACAAUGUCUAGGACUAGUGUUGGAUGUCCGAACACGAUGGAAUUCGAUUAUGGCAAUGAUAGAAAGAUUCCUUGUAAUGGCACACUAUAUUUCAACGGUACUGCUCGUUGUUCCUAAAAAACCAACUAUGUUAACAGCAGAUGAGUUGUCAAUUUUGAAGGGAAUCUGCAAAGUUCUCCACCCAUUGGAAACAGUAACUACCGAAAUGUCAGCUGAAAAGUACGUGACGAUCAGUAAAAUUAUCCCGUUGGUUCGGUUGCUAAAAAUCUUAGAGCCGCUCCAGACCCCACGGUGCAGCGAGAAGGAGCCAGCCAACCACAAGCUGAAGAGCGCGAAGCGCUGGCAGGGAUUGAGCAACGACGAGGACCGGCCAUCAGAAGGUUCAAGUCGUUUGCAAAAAUUGAUUAGUGAAAAACUUUUAGUUUUUUUUUGUUUUUGGAAAAGAAGAGAAGACAUGUAUAAAGUUUUAAUUCUUUUGGCCACGAUCGGCCAAAUAUACGCCCAGGAUUGUGCCAUUUGUGAUCCAGGAGUAUGUCAACCGGACUCGAGAUGUCCGGCUAAUGAUAACCCGGCAGAUCCAACCAAACUUAGUCAUCAGGACUGUGGAAAGUUUUAUAAGUGCAGUAAUGGGAACGCUUGUGAAAUGAGUUGCCCUCUAGGGUUACAUUGGAGUGUUAAACUGAACCGCUGUGAAUGGCCAGGCAUAGCUUGCUGCGAUCCCAACGUUGAGUGUAUCCCUUGCCCGGAAAUAUGUGAUCCAACUACAACUACAGCUCCGACAACUACACAAUCAACAACGACAACUACAGUGUCAACGACGACAACAACAGAACCCACAACAACAACUGAGUGCAUUCCGUGUAUCACACAGUGUUUUGAUGACAUUAGAUGUCCGGCCAACGACAAUCCAAACAAUCCACUACUACUGCCACACGAAACAGAUUGUACAAGGUUCUAUAAAUGCUCCCAUGGCCAGCGAUGCCUAAUGCAGUGUCCCCUGGGAGAACAUUUCAGUAACAAACUACAGCGAUGCGAAUGGCCUGCUUAUGCAUGCUGCGAUCCAGCAAUCCAGUGUAUACCGUUCCCGGACCCGGACAAUAAAUGCUAUCCAGACAUCUGUCCCGAACCAGUUUGUCAUCCAGACAGCGGAUGUCCACUGAACGAUGAUCUACAGAAUCCCAUUCAUCUGAGGAAUCCAACCAGUUGUGGGUCCUUUUACAAAUGUAUGCGAGGUGAAGCCUGUCUUAUCGAAUGUCCGCUAGGACAACAUUGGAGCGUGACUUUGCAGCGUUGUGAUUGGCCAAAUAUUGCAUGUUGUAGUCCAACAGUUACCUGUUGUACUCAGUGCAUCCAAACCAGACGACAGGAAUUAGCCCGUUUAUUUGGCAUUAAAAUGUAUAAUUAGACUUUUUUAAUAACGAGAAGAUAUUUGUUAGUACAUCUAUUAAUCAACGUUACAGUAUAGAGUUAGACAUCUAAUAAACAU